CAAAAAGCAACAAAAACAAAACAAAAAAAACGAAACGAGAACAUCAUUUUAUCAUCACUUUCAAUCAACAAUAUCAAUCCAAAAAUCAUCAUCGACAACAAACAAACAAACAAACAAACAAAUAUGCCAUUCGAAACCGAAUCUGAAGCUGUAGGUUAUGGUGGUGUUAACACCGUACAGCUAUGUGCAUAUAGGCCAUCAAUUGAAUCAAAACUUUCAUCAUCAUUAAGUUUAGAUCAACAUCCAAUUCAACAGGUGGCCGUUGAAGUGAAUCGUGUUUGUCUAUCAUAUGGCCGUGGUAAUUCAAUCAAACCGGUACUUAAUUCAAUUUCAUUGAACGUACCCGAAGCGGCCAUAUAUGGAUUACUUGGACCAAGCGGUUGUGGAAAAACUACAUUGUUACGUUGUAUUGUAGGACGUAUAAAAGCUCAACAAGGUUAUGUACGAGUAUUCGGUUAUCAGCCAAAUGAACCGGGUAGUCAAAUACCUGGACCUUCGGUCGGCUAUAUGCCACAGGAAGUUGCUGUUUAUGAUGAAUUUUCAAUCGAAGAAAUGCUUUAUUAUUUUGGGCGAUUAUUCAAUCUUAGUCCUGAAUUUCUUAACGAAAGAAUUUUGUUUUUGAUUUCAUUUUUGGAUUUGCCCAACAAAAAUCGUCUAGUAAAACAUUUAAGUGGAGGACAGAAACGUCGUGUAUCAUUGGCAGCUGCUCUUGUUCAUUCACCUCCAUUGUUGAUAUUGGAUGAGCCAACGGUCGGUGUCGAUCCCUUGUUGCGACAGAGUAUAUGGAAUCAUUUAGUUACAUUAACAAGAAAAGAACGUAUUACCGUGAUUGUAACCACACAUUAUAUUGAAGAAGCACGACAAGCAAAUGUAGUUGGAUUAAUGCGACAAGGACGAUUAUUAGCUGAAAAUUCUCCCGAUCAAUUAAUGAUUGAUCAUAAUCUUGAUACAUUAGAAGAUGUAUUUCUUAAAUUAUGCAUGUCGGAUAUAUCAUUUAAAGCGGCUGCAUUAUCAAAUUAUACCGCCAUACCUAGAAGUGAUUUGAAUUUAACGGCAACGAUUGUCAAUGAACCUUCAUCGAUUCCACCAUCAGCUACAGCUGCUGUAAAUCAUACCAUAUCGAUCGAUAAUGAAACGACAGUGUCGCCAAAUAUUACCGCAAGACAAUUUAAUCAGAUUGAAACCAAUGGAGAUCUCAAAAACAUAAUCAAAUUUCCAUCAGUAUUUUCAUUAUACGUAACUAAUAAGGAAGCAAGUUAUGAUCUGGCGCCUGCACCACCAUUACCAGCCACAGCAAUUGUACAUUCAACAAACAAUUCGACAAUCAAUCUGGUCACAAGCGAAAAUGGUUAUUGUCAUAAUAAUAUCAAAACAAAUUCAAAUAAUAAAUCCAAUAAAAUUCAAAUGAAUGGUACGGCGACGAAUGGUCAUAUAUCACAUACAACAGCAACAUAUACUACGACAACAUAUCCAACAUCAUCUUAUAGUCGAAAAUAUAAUCAAAAUUCAUGCAAAUUAAGCACGUGGCAUGAAUACUGGUCUACGACAUGUAUUGUUGCAUGGAAAAAUUUUACUCGUUUAAGACGAAACAUACCUCUUUUGUUGUUCCAAUUUUUAUUACCUGCAAUUCAAGUGAUCCUUUUUUGUUUAUGUAUCGGCGGUGAACCAUUCGAUAUCGAUGUUGCUGUAGUUAAUGAAGAACAGCCACCAUAUUUGAGUAAACUUUUUCUUAGCAAAAUUGAUCCAAAUUCAGUUCGACUGCAUAAUUUUAGUUCAUUGGAAGAUGCCAUAGCUGCAGUCAAACGUGGAGAAAUGUGGGGUGUUCUUCAUUUAUCAGAAAAAUUUUCGGUCAAUCUGCAAAAACGGGUGGUAAUGGGUGAAGAUGUUGAUAAUGAAACAAUCGAAGCAAGUACUGUACGAAUUUAUCCAGAUUUAACCAAUCAACAAAUUUCAUUCUCAAUGGAGAAAACAUUUAGGGAAGCAUUUCAGGCAUUCGCACAGGAAACAUUAAAUUUGUUUGGUCAAAAUCCAGCACUAGCUGAAACACCGAUUGCUCUUGGAUUUCCUGUCUAUGGUGAUCCACAUAAACAAGGUUAUCUUGAAUAUAUGGCUCCAGGUGUUGUUGUUAGUAUAUGUUACAUUAUGGCUACUGGUUUAACUUCGUUGGCAUUCAUUAUCGAAAGAAGAGAUGGACUAUUCGAGCGAAGUUUGGUUGCCGGAGUUGAUACUAUGCAAAUUUUAUUCUCUCAUGCAUUGGUUCAAAUCAGUGUGAUGAGCAUACAAAUUUUAUUAGUAUUGAUAUUUACUUUUCUAGUGUUUGACAUUCCAAGUCGUGGUCCAUUUAUAUUGGUAAUCUUGUUAUUAGUAUUUCAAGGAGCAACAGGGAUGGCAUUCGGAUUGGUUGUAUCAGCUUUAUGCAAACAGGAGAAUACAGCAGUUAUGAUGAUUCUUGGAUCUUUUUAUCCGAAUUUAAUUCUUAGCGGAAUUAUUUGGCCAUUGGAAGCGAUGCCACAUUGGAUACGUUCGUUUAGUUAUUUUCAACCACAAACAUUACCAACGGAAACAUUAAGACAUAUAUUAUCAAGAGGAUGGUCAAUACAGGAUAGCGGUGUUUGGAUAGGAUUUGUUGUCACAGGUUCAUGGUUUUUUAUCUAUGUUAUUAUAGCAGCUGUAGUAUUUAAAAUCAAAAAAUAAUUCAAACAGAAAAAAAAACAAUUCAAUAUCAACUCAAAAUUCGAUAAUGGAAAAGAAAUUUGAAAAACUCAAUAA